GUCCACAUCAACGCAUCUCUGGCGUCUAUCCCACUCGCAUUGUUCCCACCAACUCCAACCAAACUCCGUACAACCUCCCUUGGCUAGAACGACGCUUGUACAGCACUGGACGCUGGGGCUCACCAACCUGCGGUAGAAGUACGGGAGGUACACAGUACUGCUAUUAUGGCCAAGGAUAGAUCAGCCAAGAAGAAUCAGUCUUCAGCGCGGCCUCCGGCGGCCGCUGUAGUUCGCCCGAGCUGGCCGCCGUUCAGGCUAACCUUGCCAGUAGUGCCUCUCGCCCCAGAGGCACCCGUCCCAGGCCUCGAGGAAAAGAUCGUCCUCGUGCGGAAUUUCUGGCCGAGAAGCUUGUGUCGAGACUAUGUCACAUUCCUCAGGACGCUGCCUCUGACCACCACCCCUGGCCGGCCCAAGCGCGGGGAGGCAGUGAGGGUCAAUGAUAGAUUUCAAGUCGACGACCCGGCCUUCUCGCAACGACUCUGGGCGGAGACAGGCCUCCGGGACGCCCUACUGGAGGCAUCGUUCAAACAUGUGUGGGGCGGGGAAGUGGUGGGCUUGAACCCCAACAUCCGAGUAUAUCGUUACUCGAAGAACCAAUACUUCGACUGCCACUACGAUGACUCCAACCUUGUUGCGCUGCCCACCCCCAGCGAACCUUCUAGUCCCGUACAGACUAAAACUACAUGGACCCUGUUGCUGUACUUGACCUCAGCUGCUGAAGGCUGUAUUGGCGGAGAAACGGUCUUCUAUCCUCUAGAUCGAAAGUCUGCAAAAGAAGAGAUUGCUGUUGCCCCCGAAACCGGAAUGCUUCUUCUCCACAAGCACGGAGAGGACUGCUUAUUGCACGAGGGUCGGCAAGUGACAGCAGGGGAAAAGUGGAUAAUUCGCACCGAUCUCUGCGUGAGAAAAUAGCUUUACCGACAUAUGUACGAUCUUCGAUUACGCACUCUUAAGAAGCCCAGAUCUAUGUCUUGCGUACGGGAUCGACUUUGGUUCGUCAAUGGCCUCGCAGAUUUUGUGGCUCGAGUCCUACGCUCGUCCUCGAAUCGGAACCUUGCCUUAUACACGCCCAAGAGCCUACACGAACUCUAAGCUGCUGUUGCCACGUCACUUCAAGACCGCCCUAUACGCCACUCGGGGAGCCGAAGAUGCAACAAGGCCGGGACGGGUAGAUCCUAUAAUACAUACAUCCAAUUAAGCACGUUAAUCUCCACAGGUCGAUCCUCCUAGGGAUUGGCUUCUCUGGCGGUCUAGAAAGUACAUGCAUACUCUUCUCGAAGCCGAU